AUGGAAAGGGUCGGUGAUGUUUUAAGAGCUGCUCGCUUCAAUUGGGGAGGAGAUGGAGGAUUACUUACCAGCGGCCGAAGCUCAGCUAACUUUGGUGGAAGCUAUGGAACUGGAGGAGAGGGUGAUAAAGGAUUCCUUCAGGGUGGAGAGGGAGGUCGAGCAAUGAGCAAUGAUGCCCUUGGGGGUUUCUGUGGAGGAAGAGGAGUGUACAGAAAUGGAGGAGGUGCUGGAGGCAGAGGCGGCUACUCAUGGGGUGCUAGUGGGGAUAACAUCGCAGAUUCCUGUGGGGGUGGAGGUGGCUCAUACAACUCUGGUGAUGAGCAAAAAUUACUAGAGAGGGUUCGCUCUUUGGGGCUGGAAUGGAAGAUGGAAUUUGGCGUCAUAAUUUCUAAAGCUAUGUAA